AUCACGGCUGGCCCCGUCGCCAUGACAACCGCGCGCCGCCGGGGCCGCGCCGGGCCGGGGCCGCUCAGAAAUCUGAAAAAAUGCCAGAAAGUGUCAAAUCCGUCAAGACCACAUUGAAAAGUUCAAAAACAUCAUCAAAGAAACAAAAAGGUAAAAAGGAUGUUGAAGUUGAUCUUUCUAUGGCCAGUAUAGGCCACCCAGAAAUCUUUCCUUUGCUUUUGUCUGCAAAGACUCAAGAAAUUUUUAAUUGCCGACCUGAUGAAGACGUCACAGAAGAAAAUUGUUUCAAGUGUAUUAAAAAAGAGGACAUAAUUCAAGACCUGAAAACAAGAGCUAAAGCUUCUGAUUUCCACCCUUUCCAAAAAGUUAUCCUGGAAUAUCCAGGGGAAGAAAUCCUGGUAGUUUUUGAUCCAAACCUCCAGUAUGGACAGAGCUUUUACAUGGUUGCUUCUGAAGAAGCCAAGGAAAACCUUCUAAAGUCUUUAGCAGCUGUGGAAGAAAGAGAAGAAACAGAAGAAGAAAAUAUAGAAGAAACUCUGGAAGUUCACAAACCUUGGGUUUCCCUUGGAAGCGAAAAGGAAGUUGAAGAAGAAUCUCUUAAAGAAAGGGAUACAAAGAUUAAGUACAAGAUCUCUCGAGCUCGCAGGAAGUUUGGUGCACCGAUUACAUUUACUGACAAGAAUGCUUCAGAUGACAAAGACAGCUAUGCUGAAUGCACGGCCUAUGAAGAUGACACUUUCAGCAUUAAACUGCUUGAAAGGGAUGUGGGGGUGCAAAUGGUUCCAAAACUAAGAGAAACUAGUACUCAGACAAAAUGGACCUAUCCAAAAAAUGCAUCCACGCAGUAUUGUACUAGGCAGUUGUCAAAUGAAGCAAAAGCAGAGAGUCUGUCAUCUGAGAAGCUGAAAGAAUUUCUUACAGCAGUACAUAUAAGAAUGGAAAUUGCAUUGCAGCAAAAUGAAAUUAUGAAUGUUUUUUUCGAUGACUGGAAGGCUCUAGCAAAGGACCAAGAAGAAGGCAAGCCAGAUGUUUAUCUUAAAGCAUACCAAUCAUUUACAGAUGUGCAGUAUCUCAAGAACAGAACCAUUAGCUGCGUUCGCUGGCAUCCAACCAUUUAUGGGCUUAUAGCACUGUCAGCAGGAGAGCAGCCUUCAGAUGAAGAGCAAGUUAAUGUUUUUAAUAAAUCAUUGCUACACCAGUCAGUUAUACUUCUCUGGAGUUUUUUUGACCCUAUCUGCCUCCAGUUGGUGUUGAAGGCUCCUGAAGACAUUUACUGCUUUCAGUUCAGUCCAAGUGAUCCAAAUAUCAUUGCUGGUGGCUGUGUCGAUGGACAGGUUGUACUGUGGGAUAUUUCUAAACAUGAAACAAAGCUGCAAAAUACAGUACCUGUUGCUGAAGAAACCACUGACCCAGCAGAGGGUGAGCCAAGAGCAGCAGCAAGGGUGGCAGAGCUAUCACGUAUGCAAGUCCAGCAGAGUAGCAUAGAGCCACCUCUAGUGAGACACUGUGCAGCCUCUUCCAUGCCAUAUACUCAUACAAAGCCAGCAACAGAUGUACAUUGGCUACCAUGUAACUCUCUAUCACGUAUGCAAGUCCAGCAGAGUAGCAUAGAGCCACCUCUAGUGAGACACUGUGCAGCCUCUUCCAUGCCAUAUACUCAUACAAAGCCAGCAACAGAUGUACAUUGGCUACCAUGUAACUCUGAGGACAACCAAAAGGGUGGUACUUCUGAACAGAGAGGUGAAAAUAACCUGCAGCUUGUAACCUGCUCCCCUGAUUGCUCAAUAUUAUUUUGGGAUAUUCCAUCCAUUGAACAUCGUGAAAAUUUUUUAUCUCAGAACAUAAAGGAGGAGAGAAGAUUUCACAUGCCCCCUGAUGUUUCAGAUACUGAUGAGGAGUUAGAUCUCUCCUGGAAACCUCUCAUAAAGAUAAAUCUGCGUGAAAGGGAUAACAACACAGAGUAUGGUCCCACUAGAAUUAAUUUAAAGGAACUGCAGUAUCGUUACAAACGCUCAGGGAAGGCAAAAUCUGUAAGUGCACUAAGAACACCCAUCAAAGAGAGCCCAUAUACAGAGAUGAGUACAUCUUCAAGCAAAAAUCUGGAAGUGCUAGAGAAUAUAUCCACAGACUUUUUUGUUGGAAAUGAAGAUGGAGAAGUUGUUUAUUCUAACUGGAAAAUGAAUAUUGAUACUAAUUCAGCAAAACCAGUUAGUCAGAAGCACUCCCAGAAAUAUACUCUCCACACUGAAACUAUCAACACUCUCCAGCAAUCUCCAUUUUUUAAAGACAUCUUUCUAAGCGUUGGAGGCCAAAAGUUUGCCAUUUGGAAAGAAGGAGUUACAAAUGGACCAAUCCUUCAGUCAAGCUGCUCUGCAGGAAGAUACACUGCAGGACAAUGGUCCUUAACAAGACCAGGAGUUUUCUUCAUUGGCAGAGACAAUGGAAAUAUAGAUAUUUGGGACUUACUGAAGAAAACUCAUGAGCCAUCUCAUUUCCAAAACAUCUCCAAAUCAAUCAUCACUUUCAUCAGCCCCUCCAGUGCCUCAGCAGAGCAGCAUUUUCUGGCUGUUUCUGACAGUCUUGGAGUUCUGCAUAUUUUGGAAAUCUGUCAAACACUAUGUCACCCUUUGAGUAAUGAGCAUGCCAAUGUACUUGAUUACUUCAAAAGAGAAGUCAAAUAUCUGAAGUACUGUGAACAGGAGUUUAAAGAGUAUCAAAAGUUCCAAGCCAAAACAGAAUUGAAAUCGAACUGGAGACAGAGAGAGAGAAAGCACAUAUGACUACAGAAAACAAAAGAAAAGGUGGAGGAUCAAGAAAAUGCACAUUAUACUGUGUUUCUGGAGCUGGAGAAGCAGGUAGUAAUGGAUUUAGAGACAAGAAAUACUUUCCUCAUUAGAUGAUUAGAGCCUAUUAUCACCUUUAGAACCAGCAAGCUUCUUACUGAAAGACCUCUAUUUCAGCAGAACAUGUUUAUCUUUGGAAAUAAAGAA